AUGAUUUUGAACGCCGGCGGCGGCGUCGCGAGCCGGUCCACGGCGCUCGGCAACAUCGGCGCGCAGUCGACGCGGCGGACCGCGCGCCUCGUCUCCGCGGAGCUCGCGAACGAGCAGAAGGAGUACGAGCGCACGCUCGCCGCGGCGCGCGUCGCCCGCGCGGGCCAGCGCGCCGCCAGGGACAAGUCGCGGCCGUCCAUCUUCGUCGCGGACGCGGCCGCGCCGCCGCCGCGCGGCGGCGCGCGGCCGUCGACGGUGCCCGCGCCCCCCAAGGCCAAGCCCGGGUCGCCCAAGGAGCAGGCCGGCGUCGCCGUGCGCGGCGGCCGCGGCUAUACCUUACUGGGCGGCAAGGCGCGCACGGGCACGAUCAACUACGGCGGCGACUCCGCGGACGUCUACCAGGGCGCGCUCAAGAAGAUCCGCACGCAGCAGAAGUUGAAAAAGCAGGAGACGCGCCGGGGCCAGCUCGCCGAGCCGCCGUCGCCGGCGAGCCCCGGCCGCAAGAAGACGGCGCUCCACUUCCAGUCCGCGCUGCGCAAGAUCGCGACGACGCGGAAAUUGACGAACCUGUUGACGAAAGAGGCGUCGCGCGACCUCUCCGCGUUCGGCAAGGAGCUCAGCGGCCGCGGGUCCGCGGCGUCGGACGCGGACGCGGACGACGAGUCCGUCGGCGGCUUGCUCGACGACGGGUCGUUGGGCGGGCGGUCCGUGGACUUUAGCGACGCGGACAGCGAGAUCGAGCACCUCCUGGAGGACGGCGAGGGCGCGACGACGUACCGCUCCGUCUGCGAGCAGCACCGCACGCUGCCGAGCUCGCGGGCCGUCGUGUCCAUCGGCAACGGCAACGUCGACGUGCGCGGCGGCCAGCUCGGCGACCGGGGCAUGCUGCCGCUCGCCGCGGCGUUCAGCUCCGCGACGGCCGCGCGCGUGCUGCGCCUCCAGCAGAACGGCCUGGGCCCCGCGGGCAUCAACGCGCUCGCCGCGGGCAUCGCCGAGGGCGGCGGGGCGUCCCUGGACGAGGUCGACGUGUCGUGCAACGGCAAGCUCGGCGACCGGGCUUUAGCGGGCUUCGUCAAAGCGCUCGGACUCCACUGCGGCGUCCUGCGCGCCGUGGCAAUGGCGAACACGGGCGCGGGCGACCUCACGGCCGGCGAGCUCGGCGGCUCCUUCCGGCGCCACGCGAAGCUGGAGCUCGUCGACGUGAGCGGGAACCGGGUGACGGCGGCGGGCGUCGAGGCGCUCGCGCCGCUGCUGCGGGCCGCGGGCGACGAGCGCCGCGGCGCCGUCGACGGCGGGUUGGCCGUGCUCCACGCGUCCUGGAACCAGUUCGGCGACGCCGGGGCGCUGCUCGUGGCGGCGCCGGCCCUGGCGUCGCCGACGGGCGCGCUGGCGGCGCUGGAUCUGAGCUACAACCAGCUCGGCGACGCGGCGGGCGUCGCGCUCGCGCGGAGCGUCGCCGCGAAUUCCACCCUCAAGAUCCUCGACGCGUCCCGGAACCGGCUGGGCGCUUUCGCCGCGGGCGAGUUCGCCGCGGCCGUCGCCGGCUGCCGGAAGCUCCAGGUGCUGAAGCUGGGCUGGAACCCGCUGGGCACGGAGGGCGCGCUGUUGGUGGUCAAAGCCGUCGGCCGCGCGCCCGCGGAGGGCCGCGCGGUGUCGCCCGCGUCGCUCCACUCGUUGCGCCUCGAGAACACGUGCAAGUGCGGCGAGGAGCACCGGCUCCACGAGGCCGUGGAGUCCGUGUCCUCGUCGCUCGCGCGGCUGAACCGGUCCGCGCCGACGAUCGUCGUCGAGUUCCCCGACCGGAACCGGAGGAUCAACGACGAGGCCGUCUUCAACUACGAGAACGACUUCAAUCUGGUCGACCGCAUGUUCGCGGAGACGGCGAAGCGCGUCAAGCUCGACAAGGCGCGGCGCGCGAAGCAGGCCGAGUCCGCCAUCGUCAAGUCCGACCGGUCGUCGCAGGCGCGGAAGGGCUUCAAGAAGGCCGCGGGCGCGAUCCUGUCGUCCAUGGCGUUAGCGAAGGAGAGCGACCGGCCCACGUUGGCAAAAGCCAUCACGGACCCCUACGCGCUCUACGACAUGAAGCAGCAGGAGCUCGCCGCGGAGCGGCUUUUAGCCAAACUCGGGUCGUCGAUCGCGCACGACGGGGACGGCGCGCGCCAGCGCGUGAAGCAGUUCCUCGAGAGCCACCCGCAGCUCCUCGCCCACGAGUUCGCGGCGAUGACGGAGCUGCCCCGGGGCGUCCGCCGCGACCCCGUGCUCCCCGACGGCGCGGCGCGCGGCGCGGCGCUGUCGACGAACACGGCGACGGCGCUGCGGCGCAUGACCGUCGACCGCGCGCGCAAGGCGGCGCAGACCCAGAAGAAGCUGCGCGAGGAGCGCGCCCUCGCCUGGGCGUCGGCCGACGCGGAGACGCGGCGCGAGCUCGGCGAGAACUCGCCGUUCGCGCCGGGCCCGAAGAGCCCGCGGCCGCCGCCGGCGGCCGAGGAGCGGCCCUUCGCGCCGCUGGAGCCCUUCCGCCCCGUGGCCAUGAAGCGCAUGAAGAGCGACCUCGCGUCGCCCGCGCGGCCGUCCUUCGCGCGCGCGAACUCGUACGACCACGCGUCGGUCCCGCGGCCGGGGUCGCCGCCGGCGAAGAAGGCCGGCGGUGCCGCGGGCAUGUCGCCGCGCCUCGCGAGCCAGUUCCACCGCAACGCGAGCGCGAUCAUGAAGCGCGGGGACCACCUGCAGGUGCUCGACGGGCUCCAGUCCUUCAACCGGCGCAAGGACGAGUCGAGCUACUUCGAGCAGGACCAGGCGGACCUGAACUUCCGGAACGACUGGGAGAAGGUCGCGGUCCGCGAUGCUGUUUUAGAUGCCCUGGGCGCCCGGCCCGUCCAGCCCACGUCGCCCAAGUCGCCCAAGGCGUCGCCCUUCGCCAAGCCCGACUUCGUCAAGGGCGCGUCGAUGGAGGACGUCGCGGCCGCGUACGAGAAGAUGCAGUUCUCCACGUCCGCCGACGGCCGCGUGACCAUGUCCAAGAUGUCCAAGAAGAAGCCGUCGAUGCGCGCCGAGAAGCGGCCGCCCCACCCGGCCGUGGUCGCCGUCGAGGCCGCGCUCCGAAAGCACCACGGCCGCCUCCGGCGCGUCUUCCGCCACGGCUGCGCGGCCUUCCCCGCGAGCGACGCGGCGUCGCCGACGCGCCUCGGCCGCCGGGGCUGGCACGAGCUGCUCGACGCGCUGGGCCUCGUGGACCGGCGCCGCGUCUGCGCGAACGCUUCCGCGGGCGACGACGCGUUCGACCGCUGCGCGCGCGACCCGCCGCCGGCGGCCGCCGCGGCGCCGGAGCGCGACGCCGAGGACCGCGCCGUGCUCGACGCCGCCGACUUCUGCGGCGCGCUGGUCGUCUACGUCGCGGGCAUGGUCGCGUCGCGGCCGGCGCGCGACGACGCGGGCGGCGUCGGCGACGCGGUCGACGUCGUCCUCGGCGGCGGCCUCGACGCCCUCGCGAGCCGGCGGCCCCGGGCGUUGAUCGACGCGGACCUCUUCCGGCGCCACGCGCUCUACAGCCCCCAGGUCGACGCGGUGCUCAAGAGCCACCAGUCCAAGGUCAACGCGCUCUUCUCCUACUACACGCGGCGCCACGACUCCGUGCUGUUGACGGUGGCGGGCUGGCUCGGCCUGCUGCGGGACGCGGCGUUGAUCCGGGGCGACGUGCGGCCGGCGCACAACGCGCCCGCGGAGGGCGACGAGGGCGCGAAGCGCGCGCACCUCCCGAAACGCGCGUACGACGGCGACUUCACGGUGUCCGACGCGCGCCUCGUCUUCGCCUGGGCGCGCGUGCCGCCGCCGGAGUCCAACGCGAAGGCCAAAAAAGCCAAGGCCGGCGUCCGCGCGACGCAGUCCAAGGUGAAGCCCACGUCCGCGGACUCGCUCACGCGCAUCGACUUCACGGAGGCGCUCUGCUGGCUCGCGCUGCUCAAGCCCCUGCCGGGCAAGGACGCGCUUUUGCACGGCACCUGGGAGGCCGAGGGCCUGAGCUUGCACGAGUUCUUCGAGAUCGCCGACGAGCCGGCCAUCGCGAACCACCCGCAGAUGCACGCUUUGGUCGACGCGCCGCGGCCGCCGCCGGCGACGAUCACGGAGUGCCACCGCGUGCGCCUCGAGGAGGACCUGUUGAAGGUCCUCGCCGUGCUCUACCGGCGCAUCCCGCGCACGAACCCGGACCUCGCGGCCAUCUGCGGCGAGGGCAUGGCCGUCGCCGCGCGCCAGCUCGACGACCUCGCGAAGCACAUCGAGUCCAAGGUCGACGCGCAGCGCGCGGCGGGCGACGACCGCGCGCCCCACGACCGGGGGAGCUUCAUCUUUAAGAAGUAG